AUUUGUUAUUGCUAUUACUAUUAUCAGCAACACAUCUCUAUCGAGCAUACAUUCACUUCAUGUAUCGUUGCUGGAAUCUGGCCAUCACUUCUAUUCGUGGUGCUCGCCGAAACUCACCUUCAAAACUGCAGUCAUAUUCGAUCGUUACUUAUAAACCACUUCAUUCGUCCUUGCUUACUCUACGGAACCUCAAAUCAUUUUAUACUUUCAAUCUGCGUCUUAAUACUUGUAGACUUUGGACUAGUCGCCAUCUCUUGUCUCGUUACAUCCACACAACCCCAUCUCGCUCUACAAAAACAGCUUCCACUCUUAUACCACCACAGGUCGAUGCUGCCAAGGCAUUUCGUCUUGCUCGUCAGGAAUUGAUCAACAAUGUAGAUGGAAUAGGCGCCAGAACCAUGCUUCGUAUUCGUCUGUUUUUAAUGGGCCAGGUUCGUCCUAUGAAGAUGGAUGACUUUGUGGCACUGUUCUCUUGGAUCUUUGUUGGGAAUACUCUCUUUGUCUUGGCUCGAACAACUGCCUUUGUGUCUGUUGUCAUUAUGAUUGUCAACCGUCUGAAUUUCCAAGAAAAAGUCGCCGAAUUUAUCAGUGAUUUACUCUCACGAGCUACUGGAUUCGAUGUCAAGGUUGGUGCUGCUGUUGUUCCUCGAUGGAGUGAUGGUGCAAUCAGUCUUGAAGAUGUAACUAUUGUUUGCAACGGCGACACAUGGACUGAGCUAAAGCGCAAAGAAAAGUCUGCAAAAGGUUUAGGAGAUUUGCUUCCUGGAGAAGUCGAUUUAAACUGGACAUAUUGGGAUCUAACUGUAGAUCGCAUCGAUGUCAAUUUAUCACUUUGGCGUCUACUUGAUGGUCGAGGACCCAUCAAGGAAGCAAAGUUGAAGGGCAUUCGAGGCAUGGUAGAUCGACGUCAUAUUGAGUUUGAUCCAAAUUGGGUACCUUCUCGCCGUGUCCCAGAAUUUGGUGAUUUUGAGAUGGAUUCUUUUAUUGUCGAGGAUCUGCUAGUCACUAUUUGCAAUCCCGACUUUAGACCGUUUUCAUUCUCUAUUUUCGAUGCCGAGCUCCCUAUAUUUAGAAAACAAUGGCUGCUUUAUGACAUGAUGUGUGCCGAUUCGGUCGUUGGAAUGUACGACAAUUGUUUAUUUAGCGUGCAUCGCUCACAAUCUCUCGAUGUAUUUCGAGACACACCUGGAAAUUUUGAUAAAGUUUCUCAUUUGAAAAUGAGUUCUGUGCCUAUCGAUCACCUCAAAGUUGGUGCUACAGGUCCCAUCAGCUGGCUCACACGAGGCACCGUUGAUUUAGACUUGCAUGUUCUCAUUCCAAGAAUCACCACCAACGAUGACGUGUUUGAUCAACUGUUUGACGAACUUGAUGGAAUUCGCGAGGUUGCCAUUGACAAAAUUGAAGAAGUCAUUGCAGCCCAUCCUGAACAAUCUAGGCCUAUUUAUACCAAUGGUGUGGUGAAUCUUGGAUUACCCAUGCCUAAAUCUGAAAAUGCAAAUGUGAUUUUACAUUGGCGUGUCAAGUUAAACGAUCUAAAGGCAUAUGUACCUCUUUCAAACCCACAUCUAUCCUAUAUGAGUAGCGCCUUGAUCAGACCUGUUGUUGCAUAUAUGAAUGCAAAUCGCACAUCCUUGCCCCUAGCGUCGAGUGCAAAAAUGGACAUUAAUAAUUUCAAUGGUGCAUGGGAUAUUUUCUCUGCAGGUCUUGUCGAUGUGCUUUCUGAAGAAACUGGACGCGCACUAUCUAAUCUAGUCCAGGAUGAACGAGAACGCACACGGAGAUUGCGGCGUAUAGGUAUCUGGAGUCUUCAACAAUGUGGUAAAGCCAUUCUAUCACUUUCCGAAUACAUUCGUGGUACUCGCAAUCCUUGGUCGUAUGGCCUUCCCAUUUAG